CCUUCAGCCGCUGCUACAAGCUGGUGGACAUGUCCACGAGCGCCGUGUUCGCCCUCAAGGUGGUGCCUCGUGCCGGGGGCGGGGCCGCGCGACUGCGCUCCCGCGGUAAGGUGGAGCGCGAGAUCGCGCUGCACAGCUGCUUGGAACACCGCAACAUCGUCGCGCUGCACGGACACUUUGCUGACCGGGAGCACGUGUACAUGGUGCUGGAGUACUGCAGCCGCCAGUCACUGGCCCACGUCCUGGAGGCGCGGCAGACUCUGACGGAGCCUGAGGUGCGCUAUUACCUGCGGGGCCUGGUCAGCGGCCUGCGCUACCUGCACCAGCGGCGGAUCGUGCACCGCGACCUGAAACCCAGUAACUUCUUCCUGAACAGGAACAUGGUGGUAAAGAUUGGAGACCUGGGGCUGGCUGCCAGGGUGGGGCCAGGGGGCCACUGCCACAAAGUGCUCUGUGGGACCCCAAACUUUCUGGCGCCAGAGGUCAUCUCCAGGAAUGGGCACUCCUGCCAGUCAGACAUCUGGGCUCUUGGCUGCAUCAUGUACACAGUGCUGACCGGUACCCCUCCCUUCGUGGUGGCUCCCCUGUCGGAGAUGUACCAGAACAUCCGAGACGGCCGCUACCCCGAGCCUGCCCACCUGUCACCCAACGCGCGCCGCCUCAUCGCCCGCCUGCUGGCGCCCAACCCGGCGGAGCGGCCCAGCCUGGACCUCCUGCUGCAGGAUGACUUCUUCACACAGGGUUUCACUCCAGACCGGCUGCCGGCCCGCUCUUGCUACAGCGCACCCAUCUUCACCAUGCCCCAGCCUCUGGGCAGGCUCUUCCGGAAGGUGGGCCGGCUGCUGCGGACCCAGGGCCGGCCGCCAUGCCCCUUCACUCCCAGCGAGGCGUCGGGUCCAGGAGAAGAGGCUUCAGAUCCUGACUCCAUGGAGCGCGGCCGUGAGGCCUCCCUGUUGGACAGAGGGGCUCCCCACCCCGAGGUCCCCGUCCACCUGCUCACCCAAGGGACCCUCAGGAGUGACCCGGCGGGGCCCCCGGGGGGCCAGAGGCAGGAGGUCGAGGUGGCCAUCAGAAACCUGCAGCUCUGCCUGGACGCUGGCCUCCCAGCCACACAGGACCCCCCGGGAGAGCAGCGGCCCAUCCUCUGGGCCCCCAAGUGGGUGGAUUACUCCAGCAAGUACGGCUUCGGCUAUCAGCUGUCAGAUGGGGGCAGCGGUGUCGCUUCGGGAUGGCACGCACAUGGCCCUGCGCCCCCCGGGGGAGAGGGGGCCCGGCCCAUGCCCACCCCGCCGGCGGCCCCCAGUCUCUGCCUGCUGCGUGUCCUGGCGUCCGCGCGGGCUUCGCUCCUGCUCUUCAGUGACGGGACGGUGCAGGUGAGCGCUCGGGGCGCCCUCACUCACCUGGUGCUGAGUGGCCAGGGUGAGGAGUUGCGGCUCACGGUCUGGGAACGCGGCCAGCCCAGCACCUCCUGCCCCCCGGGCACCCUGCAGAGUCCCGGCUGCUCCCCGGCUGCCCGGCUGCACCUUGUCCAUGCUCUCCACAUGCUGCAGAGCAUCUAGUGUCCCCUGCAAGGGGACCA